UUUUAUAUAAAGUAUUAUUUUAUUUUAUGAAAAAUAAGCUGCGAUACUAAUGCUCCGGGUGGCCAAAUUUCAUCAGGGUUUCCACAACUAUGUGUCAUCGCUCACCGUACUACUCCAUACUACGCCGUAGUUUCAAACGGAGAACUCCUGGUUACGCUUAAAUACACCACUGGUAUCGCCACUGUCGCGGCUCAUCACUCUUCGCUGGCCGUACUAUGGUACGCCUCCCGAAUAUUCCCUCUCCAUCCGAUAUACAGUACAUGGAAUAACAAUUGAAAGGCUUUACUCACACUGUGUACCAUAUAUCUUACCUUUGACUGUAAAACUAAAAUUCGUUUAGUACGAUUUCAACUGUUGAACGAGUACAUUCUUAGCGCCAACUGCCUUACAAAGUAUAUUUUAGUGUUGGUUUACUAUUUUUGACGAGUGAAAAUUUAUUUAUUUUUUUUUUUUUAAUAUACUAGAAAUUGCAAUAUCAUUCAAUUUUUUCAUAACAAUAAUGAUAAACAAAUUUUUACGCCCAAUAGUGGGGCGAUACAGACCAGGCGAAGAACCGAUCUUAGACAUGCAAGAUCUAAUAAAUAUAUAUGGAGAAGAAUUUGUGAGAUCACGUUUUGAUGAAGGAGCUGAAUCUGAUUCGGAUGAAGCUGAAUAUAAUUCAGAUGAUGAUGAUAGUUCGGAUGAAGGCGAGGACGAAACACAGCGGAUUAUUUCAUAUAUUGUUUUUGAUGACCCUGAAUUUGUAAAUAAUUUGCAGUUUGUAAGUUGUAGGUGGGAAGAUGCAAUUGUAUACACCGAUCGUAUUUUCUUCAAAGCGGAUAUAAUGACGUCUUUGCAAAAAUAUUCAUCGGAAAUGAAAAGCCAUUUCAAAGUAGAUUGGACGGUCAAAACAAGAUGCAAUAACAAUAGAUUAAAUGUGGGGGGUAUAAUAUCUCGAAAAAUUAAAUUCAAACCUCUAUUUAUCUCAAUAGGUUUACUAAAAACAUUUAGCGAGUUUGAUUUAAUUAGAAGUAAUUACUUCUGUUACACUUACGAGGAGAUGAAUUAUAUUCUAGAAUUCGGUGAUAUUUACGCGGAAGAAAAUAGAGAAAAUAAUAUGAUUUUAUCUUAUUUUAAAGUCCUUGACAUUGCCACGAUUAGUAAAACCUGUAUUUCUGUUACGCAAAAAUAUUUUUGUGCUAUUAAUAAUGAUUGCAUUAUAAAAUAUGAUAGAAAUGACUCAAUACUACGCUGUCGUACAAAAACGAGUGCUAAGUAUGCCGACAACAUUGAUGAUUUACUAUCAUUAUUAAAAAAUUUUAAAACAUGUGCUACUUGUGACCGUCCACUACAGGUAUGGGUGAAGGAAAAAGAUUUUGCAGAGAUUUCCGAUGUAUUCGAAGAUCCACCUGAUAUUAUCGUGACCAAAAUCUUCAAAUCCCUUCAAUAAUCGUAUCUUCCCACCAAACUUAAAAGCAGACUUAUUAUUACAUAUUAGGAUCUGCCGGCGCCAUACACGCACAUCCGUUAACAGAACCAGAUACCCUCCUGUAUCGUAUCAAGUGUCGACGGACGAUUUCCACCACCGGAUCACGCGUGUUACACAUUCGUUAGCUCGACGAUCACAAACGGUGUUCGUUCGCUGCCGCCGACGACGACAGCGAUUUCGAAUACGAUGAACGCGAUUAUGAGUUCGACGCACACAUGGACAAACCGAGAGCGUCGUCUGGUACGCGACAAGUCAUUGCGUACAUCCAUGGAGCAGCAGCGGCAGCACCAACAUCGAUGUCGAAGCCACCGACGUCUUCUCCGCCACAUUUUAAAGUACUAAUAGUUAUUGUAUAGUAAAAUAAUGUUUUUAAAAAUAAUAAUAGUUGUGUAAAUAGUAAAAUAAUUUUUUUUUUUAAAUUAGAAAAAAGCAUGUGAUAAUUAAAUAGAAUUAAGCCAAUAUUAUUGUAAAAAAAAAAAAUGUAUAUAUAUAAUUGUAUAAACCUCAAAGCUAAUGACCUACCCACACA